GGUUCGUACUUGGUCAAUAAAUUUGCAGUCACUUGAGAUCUCACUAGCCCCAAUAAACUCCAUUUAUUUCCACUUCACUGAAUAAGUGAGUAUCACCCUCUCUCUCUUUCUAACAGUCCACUCCUUCACUCCAACACACAGUCGCCGGAAUUCUUCUCUCUCUUACAACAAUAAUAACAUGAAGCUUUUGUCGUCGGCCGCUGCGGCCGCGGUGGGUUUCUCUCUAGCCCUUCUCCUUUGUACCACUGAAGCACACAACAUUACCCGCAUUCUGGCCAAACACCCACAAUUCUCCACUUUCAACCACUACUUAACAACAACACACCUCGCCUACGAAAUCAACCGCCGUCAAACCAUCACCGUCUGCGCCGUCGACAAUGCCGGCAUGUCAGAUCUACUCUCCAAGCACCUUUCCAUUUACGCCAUGAAAAAUGUGCUCUCAUUUCACGUGCUUCUCGAUUACUUCGGCGCCAAAAAGCUUCACCAGAUCACUAACGGCACCGCACUUGCUGCUACUAUAUUCCAAGCCACGGGCUCGGCUUCCGGUUCUUCCGGCUUCGUCAAUAUCACUAAUGUAAAAGGAGGAAAAGUCGUUUUUAGCCCUGCCGAUUACGAUGGCCCUCCUCCCGCCAAAUUUAUCAAAUCCGUUGAGGAGAUUCCUUAUAACAUCUCCGUUAUCCAAAUAAGUACGAUUCUGCCCUCAGCCGAAGCUGAAGCUCCGACUCCAGGACCAAGUCAGAUGAAUCUCACUUCGCUAAUGUCUGCUCACGGCUGCAAAGUUUUUGCCGAGACGCUUUUAGCUUCUCCUGCUGAAAAGACAUUCGAGGACAAUGUUGAUGGAGGAUUAACGAUAUUUUGCCCUGGAGAUGACGCAAUGAAGAAUUUUUUACCUAAGUUUAAGAAUUUAACCGCUGACGGGAAACAGUCGCUGCUCGAGUAUCACGGAGUUCCUAUUUAUCAAUCGAUAUCGAGUUUGAAAUCUAAUAACGGCGUUAUGAACACGUUAGCUACAGAUGGCGCUAAGAAGUACGAUUUUACCGUUCAAAAUGACGGCGAAGAUGUUACACUGAAGACGAAGGUUGUGACUGCGAAGAUCACGGGGACUUUGGUUGAUGAACAGCCGCUGGCGAUAUUUUCGCUUGAUAAGGUGUUGUUGCCAAAGGAAUUGUUCAAGGCUGCUCCUACUCCGGCGCCGGCGCCGGCACCGGAUGCCGACGCUGAAUCUCCUAAGCACUCAAAGGAUAAACACAAGUCGCCGCCGGCACCUGAGUCUUCCGCUGAUUCACCGGCGGAUUCUCCGGCGGAUGGUCCUAGUGAUGAUUCUGCCGAUUCAACCACAGAUGAUAACGGUGCUGGUAGGUACAACGCUGGAGCAUCGCUUACCGCCGUUUUUAGUAUAUGGUUUGCCUUCAAAUUAUUGAUGGGCUUUUAAUUGUGAAAUAAGUGGAUUUGUAACGGUAGUGUAAGUUCUAUACUGUCUAACAGGCUUUAUGGUGCUUUUGCUUUUUUUUUUUUUUUGGUACUAAGUUUUUAGACCCAUUUUCUUCUUUGUUAAUGUGUCUUUGAUUAUCUCUGUUAAGUGUUAAGUUGAUUCAGAGAUGGAAUUGAUUCUGUAAUAUGAGUCCUUGUUUGCGUGUUAACCAUUAAUUAUGAAUUUAUGAUAAGCUUUUCAUAUAUUUCCGUUGCCA